AUGGCCUAUUAUUCGAGACCGGCUUCGGCCGGCGCGGCUCGCGCACAGGACGAUCAAGACCCAUAUCCAUACUAUCCAGAUCCCGACCUGAUUGUCGGCAGUGGUGCCAACACAUCGUUUGUCAACCCAUACGAAGCAUCCGGCGCAGCAUCUUCGGCGUCUCAUACGUCUCCCUUCUCGGAUGCGCAUGCUGCAUCUGCCUCGCCGGCAUCCAUUCUGCCCCUCUCGCAUCAGCAAGUGUCUGCUCAUGCACCGCAGCAGCAACACAUGAGCAUCAGCGUGGAUCCGAGAGAUGGGCAGCAGUCUCGCAUGCCUGGGCUCAGCGAGAGCUUUUACAGUCAAGCAGCGUAUGCGCUCGCUAGCCCACCGCCCGCGGCAGGCGCUUUAAGCCCAUCAGCUCACCUUGCCACGCUACCCGAGCACUCCCAGGCUCCCCUGUCAGGCUCCGUCGAUGGAGAAUAUACAUACUACAGCCAGAGCGCCGCUGGACACUACUCAUCGCUAGCUCACCGCCAUGGCCAAGACGAUGAAGACGACGACGAUGCCGAGACAAAAUACUCGCCUAGCUCGGCGCAUGAUGAAAAGUAUGCAUAUGAUCGUCCGGAUUCAGCGGCAGCCGGAACUUCUCCCUUUGGAAGAGCAGCUGGUAUCGCGUACUUGCAGAGCCCAUAUGCUCAAGUUGCACGCAACGAUGACGACGACGAGGAUGAGGACGCCGAAGAUCCAUACCGAGUCUUGACGCGUGAUUCUGCUUUCGGAGGCGACAACGGCCAAGGCUAUGACCCAAACUCUGCCUAUGGUGGCGCCGGUAUGGCUGGACCUACCGGUCAGUUUGGCGAUAACCACUUUGACACGCAACACUUUGGUCCCGCUCCAGCACGCGGUGCUCAGCUUCGUAGGCACAAGACCAAGAAGAACGUACGCCUCACCAAAGGUAACCUCAUUCUGGAUUGCCCCGUGCCGACCAAGUUGCAGACGUUCCUCACGCGACGAGCCGAAGACGAAUUCACCACGAUGCGUUAUUCGGCCGUCACCUGCGAUCCGGACGAUUUCGCGAGCGAAUCCUUCACGCUUCGACCAGCGCUGUACGGUCGACACACGGAACUCUUCAUCGCCAUCACCAUGUACAACGAAGACGAGGUGCUUUUCUGUCGAACUUUCCACGGCGUCAUGAAAAACAUUGCGCACCUCUGUUCGCGCAACAAGUCACGCACAUGGGGCAAAGAUGGCUGGAAAAAAGUGGUGGUCGCCAUCAUCUCGGACGGGCGCAAGAAGAUUCACCCUAGAGUGCUCGACUGCCUCGCCGCACUAGGAGUUUACCAAGACGGAGUGGCGAAAAACAUGGUCGAUGGCAAAGAAGUACGUGCGCAUCUUUACGAAUACACGACCCAACUUUCGAUCGAUUCCAACCUGCAGUUCAAAGGCGCCGAAAGAGGGCUGGUUCCAAUGCAGAUCAUCUUCUGCUUGAAGGAGAAGAACGCGAAAAAGAUCAAUUCGCAUCGAUGGUUCUUCAACGCGUUCUGCCCUAUCCUGCAACCCAACGUCACCAUCUUGUUGGACGUAGGUACACGACCGGAGAACAAGUCGAUUUACUACCUGUGGAAAUCGUUUGAUCUCAACUCGAACGUUGCCGGCGCAUGUGGAGAGAUCUGCGCCGAGACCAAAGGCAAAUGGGGAGUGGGACCUUUGCUCCUAAAUCCACUCGUAGCAGCGCAGAACUUUGAGUACAAGAUCAGCAACAUCCUCGACAAGACUACCGAGAGUGUCAUGGGAUACAUCUCGGUGCUUCCCGGUGCAUUCUCCGCUUACCGCUACAUCGCGCUGCAGAACGACGAAUUUGGCCAUGGACCUCUGGCUUCCUACUUCAAAGGCGAAAACCUGUUGGGAGCUGACGCUGACGUCUUCACAUCCAACAUGUACCUCGCCGAAGAUCGAAUCUUGUGCUUCGAGUUGGCGGCGAAACGUGGGCAUGGAUGGGUGUUGAAGUACGUGAAAUCAGCUCGUGGAGUGACCGAUGUUCCCGAGGGACUCCCCGAAUUCAUCAGUCAGCGACGUCGUUGGUUAAACGGAUCCUUCUUCGCCGCCGUCUACGCGCUCUACCACACGGCGCAAUUCGUGCGUUCCGGACACAAUGUUUGGCGAAAGUCGCUGCUUGUGUUCGAAAGCUUCUACAGCUUUGUCAACAUGUGUUUUGCAUGGUUCGGAUUGGCCAACUACUACAUUUUCUUCCGGAUCCUCACCACGUCUUUGGAAGACCCGACGUUCAAGCUCCGCGGCAUUGGCGUAUUCAAUGUGUUUAUGCAGUACAUCUAUCUCGGUACUGUGGUAUCGAGCUUCAUCUUCGCGAUGGGUAACCGACCGCAGGGAAGCAAGUGGAAGUACUGGGCUGCCGUCGUCGUGUUUGCUCUGCUUACCGUGUACAUGAUGGUUGCCGCCGUCUUGUGUUUGAGCAAGGUCGUCGCUCGAGUAGAACACGAUGCCAUCUAUGCUCAGAUGGUGGUCUCGCUUCUGGCCACGUACGGAGUGUAUCUGAUCUCGUCGCUUCUCGCGUGCGAUCCUUUGCACCUGAUCACGUCGUUCCUCCAGUACCUUCUGCUUGCACCGACCUACAUCAACAUCCUCAACAUCUACGCGUUUUGCAACUUGCACGACUUCUCCUGGGGCACCAAAGGCGACACCUCGAUUAGCGCCGAUUUGGGCGCCGUGGUAUCCACAUCGAAAGGAACCGUCGAGAUCACGCUGCCUACAGCUCAAGCCGACAUCGAUACAGCAUACGACGAUGCACUCAACAACUUGAGGACCAGACCGAUGAUCAUCCGUGGUGACGCCAGCAACGCCGAAAAGGAAGCUCGUCAGAUGGACUACUACAAAAACAUCAGAACCAACGUCGUCCUCGCCUGGGCGCUCAGUAACGGUGUCUUGGCCGCGUUCAUCUUGAAUGGCGAUGCCGCCGGCACGUUCAGCGAUACAGGCGGCGUCACAAGGACCAAGGUGUACAUGGUCCUCGUCUUGAUCUUCGUCGCUGGAAUGGCGUGCAUCCGUUUCAUCGGCAGCACCCUUUACCUCACCAUCCGCUUGAUCAACGGUUGA